CCGUGUCAGUAUCAUGGCCUAGGAGCGCGACAAGUCCAGUCGCGAGGUCACGAAGCCAACGUCGCACUUUGGGCGCCCAAAGUGCGUGGUCACAGAACCACUCCAUAAGUCAUAUGCAGAUUUUUUACAAUCCGGGCCUGCGCGAACGUCAUGGCUAGUCUAGCGGUUGACCAGGUCGAACUGUCUUGAUGCGAGGAAGAAUCUGGGGUACAUCUUCAUGUGCUUGUCGAAAGUGCUCAUAUAGCCCCGUGGAAAGCCUUCCAAGGUGGAAAACCUUCUAAGCGACACGCAAUUCCGAUGUUGCUUCACGAACUACAUCCCCACCUGCUUUCAGACGGUGGUCUUUGGCACCUCAUGGAUGACUUGUGGCUCGAGCGGGCAGCAAUCAGUGGGCAUUCCCGCUUGGGGGUGGACAAAUUCUCACCGAGCGCUGCCCUAUGAAGGGCAAUCAAUUGCAACGUCGCAUGGUUCCGUAAGUCACGAAAAUUUGACUAUAUCACGAGCGUACUCUUUCCAUGUGAGGAUCGGUCGGUGCAGCUGAUCGAACCACUUUCUCGGAGGCAACACACAAAGAUUCUGAACCUUGUUGCCCGUCUUGCAGUCGAUGAGGCUCAUGCUCUCAUUGGUGAGGACGACUUUGGAGCUGACCUUGUUGUGUGUAUCAAGUAUGUCACUUAGGCACUGUGGGGUAAACCAUGCGAAAGCGGUGCAGCCACGACAUCUCCUCACAAGUGAGAUUUCCUUCGCUCAGGACAUUAGGGCGAUUCAGAUGCUAUAGCAUGACCGAAGACUCCCCACGGCAUGUAGGUAAGUCUAUGCGUAAUCUGAUCGUUACGCCUGGUCGGAUUAAACUUCCAGAAACACCCUUUCUGCGAAGACGGGGCUCCCUGCUAAGUCUGCUUGUCCGUAAAAAUGUCGCAGAGCAUGUUCUGUGCGAAGAAGCCAGAACUCGAGUGAAACUCGAUCUUCACUGUUUCUCGUCACAGAGACUUCAGACUGAUCAUGGCGUGGAGCAUCGAAAUGAGCGAUCCCCGCGAUCCGACUUGGGAACGAACAGGUCCCUACUCGAGCAUGUCCAGGAAUCGGAAGGGGGAUCAUAUCUCGAUUGCUCCCAGCCCAAGCGAGAGGGCUGCGAACGACGAUCCAGCUGCUGGACAAAAAUGCUCGAAGAUUUGGCUGAGAGCGAUGUGGGACGGCAUCAGCAAUCAGUCAGGUCUACGCCUGCGAUCGUCGUUUUUGAAAUCCACUCUUGGCAGAACAAGAGACCACAUAGACUCGAUUAGCAGUAGAGUUCAAUCGUCCAGCAAGAGUACUAUAUACGUUUCUGCUUCGCCCCCAACUGAGCAAGAAAACUCUAAGACCUGCCCACCAGUCCUUCCAACAGCUAGCCAAGCUCAAUCCACAUCUCUGCGUGUCAAGCCUCAUGACACCGUGCAACAGUCUUCGAAAGUCAGCCGCAAGGCACUCAACGAUAUUCCCGUGCCCUCUGAUCAUUCCGCUCAGCCGUGGGUCCCACCACGCCCGGCGACACCCUGGCCUAAUCCACGACCCCUUCUGAAGGAGACGUCUUUGCCUUCAAUCAAGCGAAGAUACGACACCGAGGACGAAGCCAGUAGCGAUGAGGAGACAGCGCCGGCCCAUAAGAGGCAGCGUCUUUUCGACGAGACGACCUACAUCCCCCACGUCCAGGUCAAGGAGGAACCUGUCGACUCCUCCAUUCCCGCAGACUGCGUUAAGCAGGAACCUGUAGAUGCUCCCCUCCCUGCGUAUGAGCACGUGAAAGAGGAGCCCAUCGACGCCGUAAUCCCCACCUACGACAAUGGACAGCAGGAGCCAGUAUACGCACCGUUCUUGGUGCACGUCCAACCGCAGGGGAUUUUACAUCCCUACAUGUUCACCCCCCUUCGGCCCGGCGAGUCGCGGGUCGUCCGCAGGGUACGUGUGGAGUGGGAGAUGCCCGUCAAGUCCGAAGACUCCGACACAGAGGAUGGAAGGCCCAUCAAGCCGUUGCCCAGGAGAGCGGAGUACGUGCAGGUCAAGAAAGAGGAGAUCGAGUCCGGCCCUGGGUCUCUCAUCCUCAGUGGGCCAUCGAGUGGGGAUGAUGUCCCGCCCGUACCGCUUCGAAGGCUAGUCCCAUACGAAAGCUCCGACGAUGAGUCGGAUGACGACGUUGGCUUACCGCCAAUAAGGGGCUCACGACUCCACAAACCGUACGACCCCGAGGAGAUCGAGAGGCAGCGGGUCAUGUUUCCACUGUCCGCGGAGGAGCAGGCGCACGACGCCGCGGCUGACGCCGACUUGUACGCCGAUCGUGGUAGCUCUCCGUACUUAAUGGACGAGUGGGGGCUUUUAGGCUGGAUCCCCUCCUCGAGUCCUGAGCAAGAGGGGGGUGAAGAGGGGAGCGAAGAGGGGAGCGAGGAGGAGAACGAGGAGUAUGACCGAUCAUAAUUUAGCUCUCCCGACCUCAACGACGAGUAUGGGGAUCUUGGGUGGGAUCCUUUCCCGAUGGCAUUCGCUGGGCCUUCUGCUCGGGUCCAGUAGUAGGAACUGGUCUUUUCCUUCGUCGCGUAUUCAUUUAUUUUUGUCGCCAUCUCUUCCCUCUCCAUUGCUCUGAUAGUUCGUCGUAUUCCGCUGUCCUCUGCUUGCAUAUCUCGUUGUCGUGUCUUGCUUCUCACUUAUCGCUAUUGUUCGUGACUCCCUGGUAUGAUAUUGUUGUGUCAUCGCAUCGUCAUCAAUUGUUCUGCUGCUCCUCUUUCUCCCUUUCUAUCAUUGCUACGAUAGUGUUGUGUCCAAUUGCCCAAAUGUUUUUAUCAACCUCGCCUGGUGUAUCCUUACUAUUAGUCUACUUCGGACCUGGAUCGUUUGGGUUCGCGCUGGGUGGUCUGUCC